AAGCCUCAUAAUAACUAAAAUCGCCGUAUUUGACUCUCAAAAUAGAAAAUUAAAAUCCGAAAAAGGAUAAAGAUGAAAACGAAUUAUUAAUUUUUUUUUAAUAAGCAAAGAUUCCAUAUUUCGAGGGGAAGAAGAAGAAGAAGCUCAGUCGGCGGCCGGAUUAAUCAAUCGCCCCCAUCUCUCCUCUCUCUGUUCCUAUCACCGGCGUUGUCAUACCUGAAUUGCGUUAAUAAUUGACACUUUUCUGGCGAGGAAUCCAAGUGAAUUUCAGCACAAAAGAUUUGGGUAUCUGAUGGCGGCGAGCGCAAACCCGUCUGGUAACAAUCAGGAAGGUUCGUCGGCGACGCAGAAGGUAUCGUCUUCUUCAGCGGCGGCUACAAAUGGCGGUGCUGUAAAUUCUGUCGAUAAUGGUGGCAAUACAGGCGCGGCGGCGGAUAAUUCACAGACGGCUGGCGCGUUGAGGCAUAACUCAGGGAUCUCUACCGAUUGGACUCAUGAGGAACAAUCUCUAUUGGAAGAUUUGCUUGUCAAGUACGCGACAGAACCGUCAGUUUUUCGAUAUGCGAAGAUUGCGAUGAAAAUGAAGGAUAAGACUGUCCGUGAUGUUGCGCUGCGCUGUAGAUGGAUGACUAAAAAGGAAAACGGGAAGCGUAGGAAAGAAGACCAUUCAUCGAGGAAAAGCAAAGAUAAGAAAGAAAAAGCUACAGAUUCUUCAGCCAAGUCCUCAUCUCAUUUGAAUGUGCAUCCUAAUGGUCCAUCGUAUGCUCCGCCUAUGAUGCCUAUAGAUACCGAUGAUGGUAUUUCAUAUAAAGCUAUUGGUGGUGUGAGUGGAGAUCUUCUCGAGCAAAAUGCCCAAAUGUUCAAUCAAGUUACAUCAAAUUUCUCAGCUUUCCAGGUGAAUUCAACUUCAAAUUUUCAGCUUCUACAUGAGAAUGUCAAUAUCUUGAGCAAAGCUCGGGAAAAUAUCCUCGCAAUCUUGAAUGACUUGAAUGACAUGCCAGAGGUUAUGAAGCAGAUGCCACCUCUUCCGGUGAAGGUGAACGAAGAGCUGGCAAAUUCGAUCCUCCCUCCUCGCCCAUCCCAUCAAAUGAAGCCAUGAUCAAGCAGAUCGAUGGUUGGUUCUGACCAAGGAAUCUCUUUAAUCCGGGAACAAUGAAGAAAAGGAAUAAAUCGCGGGAUAGAGAGAGCUCCACUCGUCUGGUUGAUAGAAUGAGGGUUUUCCCCUGACUCAUAGAGUUAUAGUCUCUUUUGCAAUUUCUGUCAGUGUCUGGAUGUUUUAGCAAAUGGUUAAUUGAUACAAGAGUAGGGUUCUUAUCGAUGUUUAGGAUGUGAAUAGAUUUCAAUUGGUAUGGUAUAAGUUUCUGUAUAAAAUUGGUUUCGAGCUGAAA